GUCAAGAGACGGGCUUCCCCGAACCAUGGAGUCGGAACUGAAUACAAUAACCAUACACCUGGUCUCAGCCACUGACUCGCCCGAGUUCAACCAUCUGACUCGGACAUUAACUCACUCUUCCGUCAUCGGACUCGACGCCGAAUGGAAGCCCAUUCGAACCCAACAGUCCGCUUUCCCCACUGUCUCUCUUCUUCAAAUCGCUUGCCAGCUCGCCGGCGCCGACGAUUCGUCGAUCGAAUCACCAGUCUUCUUAAUCGACCUAGCAUCAAUCCAUUUACCAUCAAUUUACCAUCUCAUCAGGGAUGCGUUUGUCUCGCCGUAUAUACUAAAAUUGGGAUUUAGGUUCAAGCAGGAUUUGGUGUAUUUGUCUUCUACUUUCUGCUCUCAAGGCUGUGAACCCGGUUUCGACAGGGUGGAACCCUUUUUAGAUAUUACAAGCAUAUACAAUAACCUGCAACCCAGGCAACCAGGGAGAAGAUUGUCGAAGCAAAUAAAGAGCUUGGCGACAAUUUGUCAGGAAGUUUUGGGAAUUUCUCUAUCAAAGGAACUGCAAUGCAGCGAUUGGUCACAGCGACCUCUGACAGAAGAGCAAAUGCAAUAUGCAGCAGCUGAUGCUCAUUGCUUAAUUCAUAUCUUUGAUGUCUUCAAGGUUAAGGUUGUGAAAGAAGGGAAUUCUGUCCAAAGUAUAACUGGCCUCCAGAUGAGACUGGAUCUUGGGCUGAAGCAGAUACUUGACACACUUCAAACCUCUAACAAAAUGUGUAGCAUCAAAUUUGGUGAAGCUUCAAAGAUGGUGCAAGCUAUUGCACCUGAUUUUUGUAAAACAGUCCCCAUCUCAGAGGAAGUGGUUACCGCACUGUCACCUGAUCAAGCUAAUCAGAUGGAUAACGUGCUUUCACGAAUUGUCCGAAAGUAUGGUGAUAAAAUUUUGUUAACUGAAUCUGACAGAAAGCCAAAGAUCUCGAGAAAGAAAGCAAGGAAAUCAUCUGGUAGAAUAGCAAACAAACAAAGGCCAACAGAAGGUGAUGAAGAAUGGCAAGGUCCUCCACCCUGGGAUGUGACCUCCGGUGGGGAUGGGUCCCCUAAGUUUCUAUGUGAUGUGAUGGUUGAAGGAUUGGCGAAACAUUUAAGAUGUGUUGGCAUUGAUGCUGCUGUUCCUUAUUCAAAGAAGCCUCAAUCAAGGGACUUAAUAGAACAAGCAUGUAAAGAGAAGAGAAUACUCUUAACACGGGAUGCAAAACUUCUGAGGCAUGAUUAUCUCUUAAAAAAUCAGAUAUACCGGGUGAAGAGUCUUCUAAAGAACGAUCAGUUGGUUGAGAUAAUAGAAACCUUUCAAUUGGAAAUCUCUGAGGACCAGCUGAUGUCAAGGUGCACAAAAUGCAAUGGUAAGUUCAUCCAAAGACCUCUGACAACCGAAGAAGCUGUUGAAGCAGCUAAGGGAUUUCAGGUGAUUCCAAACUGCUUGUUUAACAAGAAUUUGGAAUUUUGGCAAUGCAUGGAUUGCAAGCAACUUUAUUGGGAGGGGACUCAAUACCACAAUGCAGUGCAAAAAUUUGUCGAUGUGUGCAAGCUGAACGAAUGAAAUGGCCAUGAUACCUGUGAACUGAUUGAGACACCCCCAUUCGCCAGAUUGCUAUGCCAAUAUUGUUGUAACCUUUAGUUUAUUCAUCUCCACUCCCCCAUAUAUGCCUCACUAGAUGCUAUCCUGUUCAGGAAAUGCCAGCGGCUUUUAUUUUUAUCUGCUGUUAUGUACCUGAACCAUAUUGGCUACUUUGAAAGAACUGCAAUUGGUCUAAGUUGCUUGAAUUAUUUGCCAUAUUGCUUCUUGUAAGUUUAUAGUGCUUUUCAAUUACGUCCUUUUCUAUG